GUGUAGCCUCAUUGCAAGGCAAUAAUAAUUCAUUAUGUGAUAUAAAAACCGUUUCCCAGGGAAACGAUCAGCAAAAAACAAUCACGAAUACUUCUUUACCAGCGGAGGAUCUUGACGAUUCUGAUGAAAUUGAGCUUACUAAAAAUCAAAAUAUAGAAUUAGAUUUAAUACGAGAUUUACGGAAUAGUAUGCUUAUUGUUACACCUGAUCCUAUAGAAACACCUCCCGAAGAUAUCGUGGAUAAUGGGCAGAGCCCAGACUCUUUGAGUCAUGAAAAAUCAUCAUCUAGCCUCCCUCCGGCAAAAUCACAACACAAAGCUUAA